UUCACAAAAUACCGUACGAGGUUGUUUAAACAACAAUAUAAAUAUUACCCUUUUUUCAAAAUAAUAGUUGUUGUAUUUGAAUUUGGAAUUAACUACCAGUUAGUAACAAGGUUUGAGAAGAUUUAGUGUUAUGUUAAAUUUAACAUAGUGGUACAUAGUAAACAGCGGCCAUGAAGCGAGUGAUGUUACUUAUGUAUGUUGUCCUGAUGACACAGGAGAGUAAAAGUCGGGAGUGGAUGCCCGUAGCAGAUCCUUUUAUUACUAUACACCCAUGCAUGAAUACAAACGAUAUAGCCGUGCGCUUUGAGCCCGGCCUGCCGCCGGAGGAAAAUAACCGCUACUAUGUAUACAUUCGCAAAACCAUACCCGCCAACUGUGUCACCAAAGUGUCGUUUGAUGCAGAAGUUAAUAUCACUAUCACGGUCCGAUCGGACGAUAAAAAAUUUUCUAAGAUAUCUUUGACUAAUGGCGGAAGCUUCACACUUCGUUUCGCCAACCCACUCGCCGGUCUGAGCUUUAUUGUCAAGGGUACCAGGCCAGGAGUCACCCCCUACCUGAUAAGCCUUAGAAUUAAUGAUGUGGAGCAAUGCGAUACGCCGAAUGUGGACUUCCUGGACAAAUACGCCGAAACUGAAAAUCCACCAGAGGAUGGAGAGUGUCAUUGGUCCAUUAAAAAUGAUGAUCUCCGUUGCGGAAGACGGAAAGUGGAUCGUCAGCUCCCAGUGGACGGGCCCUCGCAACCUGGGGACUGGCCGUGGCAUGCCGCCGUGUUAAAAACGUUAGAAGACUCUUCACAGAACCGGAAACUAAAAUACCUCUGCGGAGGAACCCUUAUUUCAGAAAAUGUUGUCUUGACAGCUGCUCACUGCGUUACGCAGCGCGGCUCGGAACAGCCGUAUCCAGCGAAAAAUAUCAGAGCAGCGCUAGGAAGAUAUAAUUUGAUUGGCAGUGAAAUGAACUCCCAAGAAAAAAAAGUUGACAGUAUAAUUAUUUCCGAUCGAUAUCUUCACGCUAAUUUAUAUAAUGACUUGGCUCUGCUGAAGUUGAAGUCAGCGGUGCAGCUCACAUCUCACGUGCAGCCCGUGUGUCUGUGGCACCGCACCGCGGGCUCAGCUGCGGCUAACCGACCGGCGGAAGAUGAAAUAAUAGGCACUCUGGCAGGAUGGGGAUUCUCUGACGACGACAGCCUGUCACCGACUCUGCAACAAGUGAACCUGCCGAUGGUGGCGGCCAUCACGUGCAUCAAGAGUAACAAGGCUUUCGCUCUACUGUUGAGCCGCAAUGACUUCUGCGCGGGUUAUAAAAAUAAUGGAACUUCUCCAUGCCCAGGCGAUAGCGGAGGAGGUUACGUGGUCUUCCAUCCGGAUAAGAAACAAGACGGCAGCGGAAACGUGUCAGGCGCUUGGUACUUGAGAGGGAUCCUAUCAAGAGGUCUAAAAAGCGAGACGGGCGAGUCAUGUAAAGACGACGAGUAUGUUAUAUUCACGGAUAUGGCGAAGUUCGGGGACUGGCUGGACAGUCACUUGGAUGACAACGGUGGGAAUUAGUGCAAACUUGAUAAUUUUUUUACCUCCACAUAUCACAGAUAGUGUCAUUAUCCAGCCAUAUAUAAUAUAUUCGUUAUCGCUUAAGACUGGCCGUGGAUGUCAUUUCAGUGU